AUGGGCCCUCUCGACAGCGUCACCGCCCACCUCCCCACCGUCCUACGCAACCUUCCCCCUCUCUACAAAGCGUCAGCCACCUUUCUCGCCCUCGCCUUUGCCACCUAUCUUUGGCUGUUCCCCAUCGCCAACGCACGUAUCCCCUUCCGCAACUUGCCCGACCCCGGCCCGGGGCACUGGCUCUUAGGACAUGUCAUCCCCGUCUUGUUUGGCCCCAGUCCAAACUCUGCCAACAUCGACUUUCACAAAACCCUCGGCCACACCAUCAAAUACAGAACCCAGCUCGGCUCUUACGAGGUCUCCACCAUCGACCCCACUGCCAUCUCCUACGUCCUGAACCACCACCAUAUCUUUGUCCCCCCCCCCCUCGGAGCGCCAGUGGCUGGAAAGCAGAUUGGGUCAUGGUCUCAUUACGGCUAUGGGGGACGAUCACAAGCAUCAGAGAAGACUCUUGGGUCCGUGCUUUAG